GCAUUCUUUGAUUUUUAAAAUUAUUUUAAAUUUCUUCGAAGGUAAUUGCUGUGGCAGGUUUAACAAAAGAAAUAAAUGAGAAAAAUGAACAUAUAUUAAGUCAAAUGAAAUAAAUGAGAGCAAACGUAUAUAUCACAAGUCAUAAGUAUAUGAAUAAAUGCAUCCAAGGUCUUGGAAAAUAAUCUGGUUUACAGUUUAUUUGAAUAGACUGCUCCAAAAGUUGUUUUGCUUUACAUUUUUUUCUUCGGCACAUAUAUUUAUUGCUCUUAUUUAUCGCAUUAUAACAUCAUCUGUCAGCGAGGAUCCUCGUAAUUACCAAGCACAAGGACGGCAAACAAACAAAUAAAUAAACGCACAGUAACAGUGUCGUCAAAAUCAAAGAACAAGUCCGUUGAAUAACUUGUGUUUUAUAUAUUUAUUGUAUUACUCAUGCGAGAAAAGUAGUAUCUUGACGCUCGCUGUUGCGUUUGAAAAAGAGCCGUUUGCCCAUUUUAAAAUUAUGCGUGAGUUUUUUCAUAAAUAAAACUGUUAUUUGAGUGCGACAAGUUUACUUGUCGCACGUAAAUUAUUCUUGGCACACGCAAAUUUAGAUAAAAUUGCUAAAAUUAAAAAAAUAAUAACAAAAAAAAACACAAUCGACAUAUUAAAACUGAAUUGAGGUUGACGCGUCUGACAGUUUAAUUUAAUAAAUAAAAUUGUAAUUAAAUUAAAAUUAGUUUAAAAACGAAUAUGGAGUCGGAAAUAAUACCGGAAACUCCAGAAAGUUCGAGCGACGAAUCCACACCACCUGAAAUUCUGAAAAAAGCCGAUGAAGUAAGAAAUAAUUUAGUUCCUCAAGUAUCGAGACCCAAAUAUGAAGCGGCUUACAAUAAGUUUAUGGAAUGGCGAAGAAAUAAAAAGGUCAAGAGCUUUUCUGAACCCAUUCUUCUGACUUAUUUUAGUGAACUUGCCGAAACCAAAUUACCGUCAACUUUGUGGGCCACUUACUCAAUGUUGCGAAGUAUGAUUGACAUCAAACACAAAAUUAAUAUUUAUAAUUAUUCGGGUUUGAUCGCUUUUUUAAAGCAGCAAAAUAAAGGUUUUAAACCAAAAAAAGCUAAAACGUUAGACGCUGAGCAAAUAAAUCAAUUUUUGAACCAAGCUCCUGAUAAUCAAUUCUUGGCAAUUAAGGUGGCUUUGAUUUUUGGGGUUCAAGGUGCGUGCAGGCGUCAUGAACUUUGUGAUUUAACAGUGGACAAUAUAAUCGACAAAGGUGACAUGUUGUUGGUGAAAAUUCCAAAAACUAAAACCGGCAAAGCAAGAUCUUUUGUCGUGACGGAUGCGUUUUAUCAAACUUAUAAAAAAUACUCUUCUUCACGCCCAACAAACUUAGCUACCAAGAGAUUCUUCGUGGGUUAUCGGAACGGCAGGUGUACGAGGCAAAAUAUUGGCAUUAAUACGUUCGGUAGCAUGCCAAAAAUAGUAGCGAAAUAUUUGAAUUUAGCAAACCCGGAGUCUUACACAGGCCAUACUUUUAGAAGAACAUCAGCUACUCUGUUAGCGGAUUCUGGUGCUGAUCUUCUUACAAUAAAAAGGCACGGAGGAUGGAAAUCCAAUCCCGUUGCUGAAAGUUACGUGGAAGACUCAGUAGGUAAUAAAAAACGGAUUAGUGAGCAAAUUGCACGUGCCAUAUCAUCGAGACCAUCUACUUCACGCGAACAUUCAGACUCAAACAACCCAAUUUUUGGAAAAACUUCUGAAGAACCGAUGAACAUCACUGUGAUGCAUCAAGAAAAUGAAAGAUCCGAAAUUUUAGAGCAGGUUUCAUCUAAAAACGCCAUGAAUUUGAAUAUUACAUUUACGAACUGCACAAACAUUUCAGUUCUUUUAAAUGACACUGAAAAAAAGUAACUUAUUUAUGUUGCUGUUGUUGUUCUUGUUAUUUUUUGUUCUGAUCAAAUAAAUUUAUAUUCAUUUGUAA